ACUAAGCCUUUCUUAACAACUUAUUAUAUUUUUACAAGUAAAGCCAAUGAUGAAGUUGAGAUGCAAAAAGUUCUUCAGAAGCAACUCAAAGGUGGUUGCAAGUAGUAAUGGCACCGCAGCUACUGCGAGCGACGCCAAAUUAGGUGGUGAAAUAAAAUGGGAAUUACGUCCAGGAGGUAUGUUGGUACAAAAGAGAGAAUGUGCAGAGAAUGAUGGAGAUUCUAUUAUCACUCUUAGAGUCUCUACUGUUACUCAAUGCCAUCACAUUUCUAUACAACCAACUUCAUCUUUUGGAGAAUUAAAGAUGAUACUGGCAAUGGUAACUGGUUUAGAACCAAAGGAGCAAAGACUAUUAUACAAAGGGAAAGAAAGAGAAGAUUGUGAACACUUGCACAUGGUGGGGGUGAAAGACAAAGACAAAGUGUUACUCUUUGAAGAUCCAGCUAUCAAAGAGAGGAAACAAGCAACAAGUGGACAUGUCCAAGUCAUAGGAUCCACUUACCACACCAUUUGUGUCUAAAAAUA